UAAAUCUUCCCCGCCAAGCUCUGGAGUUUGGAAGUAGCAAACGGCGGAGAUUGCGAUUGGAAGCAGCCUCAAGGCCUCACCCCAAAUUCAACUAUCGGCGCACGUUGAUUGCAUCGCAUUCCCAUCUCUCAUUUUCCCAAGCGAAGCAAGGUGAUUUCAUUGCUUUCUUUGUUCGUUUGAUUGCUGGUUUCAAAGCGAAAUUCCUGAAAUGGAGGGGCACCUUGAACAAUCUCCAAAAAUGGGGCUUCCCAUUGACAGCGAUGAUGUCAAGUAUAUCUCUGGGUUAAGCACUAUACUAGUCGCUACAAUUCAGGAAGCAAAGGAUAGAAUUUCUCAGAUAGAGUACAUCUUUUGCAGCCAGCUCUACCCAAAUUUCCAGUUGAAAUCUAAAGGCUUGCAGAAGAUAUGUACUGAGGCCAAGAAAGCUGCAGAAGAUGCAUGGAGGAAGAAGGAAAAUGAGUUCACACUUCAAUUAGAGAAACUUGAACUGGAGAAGAAACAGGCCCUUGAGGAGAACCAGUCUUUCAUGCUUGAGAAGGAAAAGCUACUAAAGGAGCAGGAAGAGAAAAUGAGACAACUUCUUGUACAAAUACAAAGUCAAGAACUCAAAAUUGAGGAGCUAAAAGGGAAGCUUAUCUUGAAGUCUAAGGAAAAUGAUGAGGGAAUGGAAUUACAGAGUAAAUUAUUGCAGUUAGUUCAAACGAAAGACUCUCUGAUAGCUACUAAGGGUAAAGAGCAAAAACAACAUAAAGAAAAAAUAAAUGUGCUUCUCAGUGAUCUAAACAGUCUGCAGAAAAAGGUUGAUGCACUCCAGCAGGAGCUUAGAGAAAGGACUCAGGAAGUUUCUGAUGGGAAGAAGUUGGCAGAUAAUCUGCUUAAAAAGAUUGAAACGCAAGCCUUUGAUAUUAUGCAUAAUGAACAGAAGCUGAUUGAUUUUAACAAGGAGAAGAAGCUACUCGUGGCCAAUUUUGACGAAUUGAAGGAGAACUAUGAAGAACUUCAUGUGGCACUUAGGCAGAAGUCACACGAAGUUGAGGAGGGAAGAAAGUUGCAGGAACAAUUGCUUCGACAAAUUGAUUUAAAAGGCUCAGAAAUUUUAAAGAAUAAGCAGCUGUUGGACGAGCAUGAGAAAGAAAAAGAACUACUUCUGGCCAAAGUAAAAGGUUUGGAUCAAAAAAUCAAUGAACUGCAAGUCAAACUUAGAGAAAGCUGUAAUGAUGCAGUUGAAGAAAGGGAUUCAUAUGAAAAUUUACUAAAACAGAUCAAAUCAAAAGCCUCUGAGUUGAUGGCUGAGAAGAAGAAAAAAAGAGAUCUCCUUGAUGCUUACAAAAGGCUUAAAUCUCAAUACAACUUCCUCUGCAGAAAGAGUGGCCUUACUACUGAGAAUAUGACAUUUCCAAAUAUAAUGGAAGAUGAAAGUGACUCAGCAAGGCAUCGUCACAUUUCCAAACCUUCUCUUGAUGCUGAAAACAAAGUUUCAAGUACUCCUAAAGUUGUUUUUGACACAAAAACAAUUAAGGAUGUAAUUGGUUUAAAUGUUGGCUUAGUGGAUGAGAAAGCAGCUAAACCAGUUGAAGCCUCUAGCUCCCACUUUCCUACAUCCAGUUUCCCCACUCCAAAAUGUCCCUCAAGUGUGACAUCCAAUCCUGUAGCUGGUACGAAGCGACCUGUUUCAGGUUGGAGAGAUACUAGGUCCCUUCAGGGCCAAGCCGGGCCUGAUCCCCAUGAUGAUUUUCUUGACACUCCGAUGGAGAAUAUAAGAGGAAACCUGAAGAAAGCCAUGAAGGAAGAAGCUGAUGGUCUUCCAGUUCCGGAAGACAUGAAUGUUGAUAGCUCAAAUGAUGAGACCCAGGAUUUUAGUGUUGACAAAAGGCCGUUUCAAACAGCUGACAAAGGAAGUUUCAAGUACGUGGAACCAGUGAGAAAGAAAGCAGAGAGGGAAAAGUUGAAAGGAUUUGAAUGCAAUCAAUGCAAGAAAUUCUAUGAUGCUGUUCUUAAUAAGGGAGAUGAAGACAAUGCAGAUGAAAACAAGAAUUUCCGCUGUGAGCAUCAUGAGGGUGUGUCUAGGCACCGAUACAAGUAUGUUCCUCCUAUGACUCCUGAGGGAUUUUGGAAUAUUGGGUUUGAGUCUGAAAUGUGAUUUGUUUAGCUCAAGACUGACUACAUUUUUCAUUUAAGUUUUAAUAAUCAUUCAAAGCAUAUUUCAGUCUUGAAUCUGGGGUAUGGUAUAGUUAUGGGAGCAUAAAUGCAUAAAAUGCAUUCAUUGCUAAAUUAUGCCCAAAGUUAAUGUGGAUGU